CAAAUCAGCAAUCCCCUUUUAGCUUUUUUCCCCUACCGCCCUCCCAACAUUCAACGCAACUGGGUCACAGUGUUCUUCAGACCUCUACACCUUGCUCUUGAGCAUAGUUUCUCUCUUCUCUUCUUCAUUUUGCCAGUAUGCUUGACAUUACUGACUUCAUCACCGACCGUGGUGGAAAUCCAAAUAAAAUUAAAGAGAGCCAGCGGAAACGGUUUGCUCCGGAGAGUGCAGUAGAUGAAGUUAUCACUUUAUAUGAGGAAGCGCGCAGAGCACGAUAUGAGGUGGGGCAAAUCGGCUCCCAAGUCAAUGCUAUCCUCAAAGAGAUCGGGAAAAAAAAGAAGAACAAGGAAGAUGCGAACGAUCUGAUUGAGCAAAAGGCCAACUUGGAGAAGUCCAAGAAAGAGGCGGAGGAACUUGCUGUUGGAAAAGAAAGCCAGAGAGACCGGAAAAUCCGGACUAUUGGAAACUACGUUCACGAAUCUGUUCCUGUGAGCAACAACGAGGAUGACAACGUUGUGGCCAAGAAGUGGUCACCUGAAGAUGUGGCCGUAGAGAAGCGUGAUUGUCUCUCUCAUCAUGAAGUUCUCACCCGCUUAGAUGGGUACGACCCAGACCGCGGUGUCAAAAUUGUUGGCCAUCGUGGCUAUUGCUUGACCGGCUAUGGCCUCUUUCUGAACCUCGCCCUCAUAAACUACGGCCUUGAAUUUCUUUGGUCAAAGGGUUACAAGCCUAACCAGCCGCCUCAAUUUAUGCUUAGGGACCUAAUGGCGAAAACUGCCCAGUUAGAGCAAUUUGACGAGGAGCUAUACAAGGUCACCGAGAGCGAGGACAAAUCAACCGACAAAUAUCUCAUUGCCACUUCUGAACAGCCGUUGUCGGCAUUACAUGAUGGAGAGUGGCUUCAGGAUAAAGAUCUUCCGAUUAAGUAUGCUGGCUACAGUACAUGCUACCGGAAAGAAGCAGGUUCUCAUGGCAAAGACGCCUGGGGAAUUUUCCGUGUCCAUCAAUUUGAGAAGAUUGAGCAAUUCGUUUUGACCAAACCCGAGAAUUCAUGGGAAGCUUUCGACGAGAUGACGGCUAUCUCGGAACAGUUUUACCAAUCCUUGGGUCUCCCUUACCAAAUUGUCUCCAUAGUAUCGGGUGCUCUCAACAAUGCGGCAUCCAAGAAAUAUGAUCUGGAGGCUUGGUUUCCUUUCCAAGGCGAGUAUAAGGAACUGGUUUCGUGCUCCAAUUGCACCGAUUACCAAGCAAGAGCUCUGGAGAUUCGCCAUGGCACUAAGAAAGCUACCGAUGUGAAAAAGUCCUAUGUGCAUGCUCUCAACGCUACGUUAUGUGCCACCGAGCGUACGCUUUGCUGUAUCCUCGAGAACUAUCAGAAAGAGGACGGUUUUGUGGUCCCAGAGCCUUUGAGAAAAUAUAUUCCCGGAGCCCCCGAAUUUCUACCUUUCACUAAAGAGCUUCCCAAGGAUACUACUUCACAAAAGGCCAAGGGGAAGCAGGCAUCCAAAGCUCCAGGCAGCGCAGAGCAGACCACGAAGAAAAUGCAAAAUCUUCAGGUGUAAGCGCUCUAUGUGAAUCGAUUUCUGUGUGCAUGGUUUGGUGAUUUGGGCGGUCGUUGUCACAGCAUGUACAUAUUCCUAUCUUUUCUGCUUUGUCAAAAAAAA